GGCAGCGACUGUCGGCGCUGGUCGCUGCGCAAACACCUGGAAACCAUGUCUGGGAAUGCGACCCGGAGCCUGGGGAAAGGAAGCUGCCCCCCAGGGCCCGUCCCAGAGGGCACCAUCCGCCUCUACAGCAUGAGGUUCUGCCCCUUCUCGCACAGGGUGCGCCUAGUCCUCAAGGCCAAAGGCAUCAGACAUGAAAUUAUCAACAUUAACCUGAGAAACAAGCCUGAAUGGUACUAUACAAAGCACCCUUUUGGCCAUAUUCCUGUCCUGGAGAACUGUCAUCGUCAACUGAUCUACGAAUCUGUCAUCGCUUGUGAGUACCUGGAUGACGCUUAUCCGGGAAGGAAGCUGUUUCCGUAUGACCCUUAUGAACGAGCUCGCCAAAAGAUGUUAUUGGAGCUGUUUUGCAAGGUUCCACACCUGACCAAGGAGUGUUUGGUAGCACUGAGAUGCGGGAGAGAAUGCGCUGAUCUGAAGCGAGCCCUGCGUCAGGAACUCUGCAACCUGGAGGAGGUACAAAAAGGGCCCCUCUCCUGGUCAGAUACCAUGGAGAAAGCCAU